AUGUUCGAAAGUGCUCCAACGGAACAGUCCGGCAUCUUUGGUUCAGGCUUUCUGUCGUUCACAUCCGCGCAGAAUCGAGAAGUCUCCUUGAUCACAAAAAAAAGAGAGGCAAAGUCGAGUGGAAAUUGCGUUGUGUUCCAUGUUAUGUUGCACCGCUUCUUUCGUUUGGUCUCCUCCUUCUCCUUUUCUCGCGCCUCCAAUAACAUGUGGUUUUGGGCUAGUGCAAGUCAGUAUGCACUCAAUUUAGAUGGCUUGAAGCAGGCAGAAAACAAGCUUCUGCAGUUGGCUCGGCAAUUCGGGAAUCGCGCACCAGAAGACUACGACAUCCGGCUCUUGGACACGCACAUCCCCCACACCUCUGUUCCGCUGUCAUCUCACAGCUGUCAGUUGCAUGAGAAUUUACCGGAAGGAGAGUACCUCAUGCAUGGAAUCGAAGUCAAAUCCAGGACUGCUUCUACCCAGCAUUCAUCUGACGCCCCUUUGGUCAUGCUACACGGUUACAUGAACGGCGCCGCUUACUUUUAUCGGAAUUUGGUGGGAUUGAGCAAUUAUUUUUCCUCCGUAGUCGCCCUCGAUAUGCUUGGAUGGGGUCUUUCCUCCCGACCAAACUUUAAGGCAAUUCAGGACGAUACGUUGCGCACGACAGAAGACUUUUUUGUCGAGAGCUUGGAAGCUUGGCGACAUGCCAACAAGAUUGACCGUAUGGUACUGGCAGGCCACUCCAUGGGUGGAUACUUGUCCGUAGCCUACUGUGAAAAAUAUCCCGAUCGUGUGGAACGUCUUAUUCUGAUUAGCCCCGUCGGUGUCCCGGAAGAGUCACAGAAAGUUCUGGAAGAGCGCAAAGCAAGGAUUCAAGCAUCCUUGCAGGGUCGUCUGAUGUACGGAACAUUCAACUAUUUGUUCGGGCGGCAAACUCCCGGAGACGUGCUGCGCAUGUUACCCACUAGUCGUAGCGAGCGGAUGAUUCAGGAAUACGUACGUCGUCGAUUACCGGCGAUUGAUGAUGAGAAGGAGCGUGUCGCGGUAUCGGAAUACCUCUAUCGAAGCGCCGUCACCUUGCCCGCAUCCGGAGAGUACUGCAUUAAUCGUAUCUUGACGCCUGGUAUUUUUGCAAAGGAGCCAGCCUUGCAUCGGAUUCCCCAUUUGAAGGUUCCUUCGGUAGGCUUUUUGUACGGUGCUCAGGAUUGGAUGGAUUCAAAUGGUGGAUUGCAGGUCCAGCAAGCAGUAGAAGCUAAACGGUCAAUGAAUCAAGAUGCACCCCGAGUUGAUGUAUAUCAAGUGAGUAAGUCGGGCCAUUUGCUCAUGCUAGACAAUUGGGAAGAAUUUAAUGCUGGAAUGAUCACCUCCGCUGGAGGAAUUCCGAGCGAUUUAUCACGGCGACCUGUCAAGUUGGAACCCAGCAAGUCUGUCCCGCCAAUUGCACCCGUAUAUGAAUCGGAAUCACAGCGCACUGAUGUCUCAACUAGUGUUGAAGUGGCGUCAUAGCGCCAUAACCGUCAGAACCCAUUACCUACGCUGACAAACAUUAAAAGUCCUCUUAUCAACAGUAAAUCUAGAAAUAUUACAAUCUU